AUGAAAAAGGGAGCACCAAAAUAUUAAAACAAAGUUGCAUUCAAAAUGAGAUUUCACGAUCAUUACACAGAGAAGGUUUAGAAUGCCUCUAUGGAUAGGUAUACUUAUAACAUUGAAAUAGAUUGUGUGAGUUGUGUUUAGCUUAGAUUGAAUGGAAAAUUAAAUAUGGUAAAUACAAGACUCCCCAUGAUUUAUCAAGAUGUUAUAAAUGUGAAAAGAAAAACAUCUUUAAGGCUUACAGAAGAUUAUGUGAUGCCUGUUCUGAUGAAUUGAAACAAUGUUCUAAAUGCACAGAACCUAUUGAAUUAAACGAUGACAGUUCAAGUGGUGAAGAAAUGGAUGAAACAUUAAAAUGUUUAAGGGAGAGAUCAAAAAGAACUGUUCUUAGAAAAAUUGAAAAAGGUAAAAUUCUUUAUAUAUUAAUAGGUGAAAUUACAUGGGAUAGACAUAAUAAAAAGUUUAUUGAUUCUGAAACUGGAGAAUAAGUCAUAGUUCAAUACAAAAAAGAUUAUAUUGAUGAAGAAGAUGAAGAAUUAUGGGAAGAUAAUGAUAAUGAUGAAGGUGAUGAAGAUGAUGAUGAUGAGGAUGAUGAAAGUGAUAAAAGUGAAGAAGAAGAUAAUAAAAAAUAAAACAAAAAGACUGUUUAAUUCUAAAAGCAAUAAAAGAGUUAAAAAUAAUAAAAUGAAUAAUCAAAAAAAACAAAAGCUAAAAAAGUUGAAUCUAGUGAUGAUGAGUCUUCAAGUGAAGAUUCAGAUGAUGAAAAUUAAUUCAAACAGAUUGAAAAAAUUAAUCAAAAAGAUCCUUCAAUAUAUUCAGAUGGAUCAAAUGAAGAAGAAAAAAAAUUUAGAAUGGAGAAAAAUUUCUAGUUUUAUUUUGAUGAAAAAUAUCAGUUCAAGAAGGAUGAAUGA